AGAACAAAGAAGAGGAAGCAGUGUGUGGAAGGAGACGUGAAUAAGAAGUGGAGGAAAUUAUUUCAUAGAGCCCAGCCCCAGCUAAAAAAUAGUGAUUUUAACAAAAAUAUACCCAUAUUAGGCGAAAGCGGCGCUUAAACGCAAACAGACAUAUAAACAACUAUGCAGACCAUUAAGUGCGUUGUAGUCGGUGAUGGUGCCGUGGGUAAGACUUGUCUACUGAUCUCUUACACGACCAAUAAAUUCCCGUCGGAGUAUGUGCCCACCGUAUUCGAUAAUUAUGCCGUGACUGUGAUGAUCGGCGGCGAACCCUACACUCUGGGCCUUUUCGAUACAGCCGGUCAGGAGGAUUAUGAUCGUCUACGUCCGCUGUCCUACCCACAAACAGACGUCUUUCUCGUGUGCUUCUCAGUGGUCAGUCCCAGUUCAUUUGAGAACGUGAAAGAGAAGUGGGUACCAGAAAUCACGCACCAUUGUCAGAAGACGCCUUUCCUUUUGGUUGGCACACAAAUCGAUUUACGUGACGAGAGCAGCACUUUGGAGAAAUUGGCCAAAAAUAAACAAAAGCCCAUAACCAUGGAACAGGGUGAAAAACUAGCCAAGGAAUUGAAAGCGGUUAAAUAUGUGGAAUGCUCCGCUUUAACACAGAAAGGUUUGAAGAAUGUUUUCGAUGAGGCCAUCUUAGCAGCGUUGGAGCCACCAGAACCAUCCAAGAAAAGGAAGUGCAAAUUCUUAUAAUUUUAUGUAUUUAUAUACUAUAAAUGGCAUUAAAUAGCAAGAAAAUCCACAAUAACAACAAAAUAAGCUUGCAGCCGCGUAUGAUUUCUUUCUAUGCCCAGAAAAUCAAACUAAAUUUGUAAAAGUUUGUCGAGUCGAGUCAACACUUGAUUGAAGUGUGUAAACAGUAAUGUAGUGUGGUGGUAAUGGCGAAAAGUAAAAAAAUACAAUAACAAAAAAUGUAUGGUUAGCGUCGAUAGAGUUGAAUUGUGUUAGGAAGGAAAGGGGUUGUCUAUAAUGUAAAAUGAACACAUGGAAAUAAACAUACACACAAAUAGCAAUAAAUAGCGUUUCUUCUAAAAAAACAACAAUAAUAAUUAUUGAAGUAUGGCAUUGUAUAAUUCAGGCGUUCGUAUUGCAAUUUUUCUAAUACAUCUUUAUACGAUGAAAUAAAAAUUAUCAAAUACAAAAUUAUGUAUGUAUACGCUAUAAAUGCAAAAGUAAAUACAAUGAAUUAAUUAGAGCAAAAACAAAAACAAAAAACAGCAAAGUAAUAAUACAAAUAUGCAAGUUACUGCAACUCUUCAAUUUAAAUUUGAUAUUUCAAAGCAAGGAGGACGCGAUUGACAAACACACACACAAACAUAAGCGUUAAAAAAUAUAAAAUAAAAUUAAAAGUAACCACAAAAAAUACUUACAAUAAAAAUUAAACAAAAAAUGAUUGUAGUUCGGCAUUACAAAAUGAACUAAUGAUGCAUUUUUAA